UGUUACAGUAUCUGGAAAAGUUUGAUCUCGCUCCGGUAUUCUCAGUUGAAGAGUUCGAACAUUGGUUUCUACCGCAAGCUGGCAUUAUUAACAGUUUCGUUGUAGAGAAGGAAGGAAAAAUCACUGAUAUGGUGAGUUAUUAUACAUUACCAAGUUCUAUUAUGCAUCAUCAGACGCACAAGACCCUCAAGGCCGCGUAUAGUUUCUACAAUGUGUCUACCACAACACCGUGGCUCGAACUAAUGAUGGAUGCCUUAAUAUCAGCGCGUGACUUGGGUUUUGAUGUGUUUAAUGCAUUGGAUCUCAUGGACAACAAGGAGUUUUUAGAACCUCUCAAAUUCGGGAUUGGUGAUGGCAAUCUUCAAUACUAUUUAUAUAAUUGGCGUUGCCCCAGCAUGACACCAGGCAAAAUCGGUCUUGUGCUCCAGUAGACUUCUAGUUAAGAAAAAAAUUAAUCGCUGUUUAGAAAAAAAGAGAGGACAUGUUUUGCAUGUGUGAUUUCGCACAAGAGAUUAAAAAAUAAUGGUUAAUAAGUACGAACAAACAGCGAAUAUGUAGCAACGCAAUAAAAACAGCGUUGUUAAUCUUAAUCUUUCUUACCAAUAGGAAUAAUUGCGGUGGUCAGAAGGAAUCUGAGAUUUUGUGUAGAAAUGAGAUUCGAAUGAAUUUCCAAUUCCUCAAAAAUCGUUCUUGAUUUCUUCAUUGGCGCCUUUAAAGACUCUAGAUUGAAUUAUAUACGAUCGGGACUAUAAUAAAAAUUGUGCAGCAUUGUACAGCGCACGUGUAUAUAUACGUAUCUGCGUAACUGAAGCAAAUGUAGAUAAGCAUUAUGCAAUUAAUAGCAAUUAUGCGGGAAGCCAUCCCGCAUCACCCGAGAAUUUUCGAUUUUCAAUCGUGUAAGCCUUUAGACGCCAGAUAACUAUAUCCAUUUUUUUUCCUUUACACCUCGGCUAAUUAGACGACGUCUACCGAAGUAUGAGACGAUAAAUAAGUUAAAA